AUGCGAUCGCAUACCUCCGCAGUUGCCAAUCUAGGUAGCAAUGCCGAUAACGAUGGCGCUGCCGACGGUGUCGGUGACGGUAAUGGCCCCUCAUCCUCCCCGUCUUCCUCCUCCGCCUCCGCAUCACUGCUGUGUCCCGAAUGCGGGCAGACCUUCCGUCGGCGCGAGCAUCUAAGUCGACAUCUGGACCGCCACUCCGGCCGUCGUUCUCACGCAUGCAGUAUCUGUCGUCGCUGCUCAUACCAACCAAAUCCUGGCGACGACGAGACUAUCCUCGUUGCGCAGCCUGUAGCCGAUGGCGACGUAUCCCCUGCCCCUACUCCGCCUUGUCAGAACUUGCAGCCUAUUACUUCGCAAUCUUGCGUCUCGGACCAACCUCCGCUCGAGCCAGACCUCCUAUGGGACGCCCUCUUGACCCCUGCCCGAUUUCUGUUUCCUUUCUCACCGGCUACUUCUCUCGGAGUUGGGAUAUCAACAGACUUUUGCUUCGGAGACACUGCUUUGGCUACCGUCGUUGAACCUGUGGAUGACCAGAGCGUGCAGAAUAGCUUCGGUGCAAAAGCAACACCAAGAGUAGGUGUGGAGGCCGUUGGGGUCAUUACUGGGCCAGGCAACCUGACAGCGGAGGAGGAAGACAUCUUGAUCGCUGAGUACAUUCCUCAUGUACCUCCCAUGACAGCAGAAACGCGAGCAUAUAUGCUCCAAGCCAUCAAAGCCCGACUGCCACAGCACGAAGCCCAAGGGCUUGAAGCCAACUUCCCAUCUUUGCGACACCUUGAUGCAUAUAUGCAAUUGUAUUUUGAGCACUUUCAUCCGCGAAUGCCUUUGUUGCAUAAACCGACAUUUCAGGCGUCACCCGAGACGUGGCAGCUAGUACUCAGUGUGUUGUGUCUUGGCAGUCGGUACUCCCUAGCGCACCACCAUCACGAUCAUGUUUUGCUACUGCAGCUAAUUGCCCAGCACAUGCUGAAAAGAGAUAUUCAAGAGCUAUCGAGCAAUGACGUUUUGCCCUGUGCGCAAUCUCUAUUGUUGUUCCAUCAAAGCCAGUGGCUCUCGGGUGAGCGGAGCAUUGUCAUCGAGGUGCAAUUCUACCGGAAUAUCCUCGUCACCCUUUGUCGCCAACUGCUGUCUCGAGAGGGCACUUUGAUGCACACGCAUACAUCCGCUGAGGACGCGAACCACGCAUGGUCCCAGUGGAUACAAGCCGAAGCCAAACGAAGGAUCAUACACUUCACUUGGACGUCGGAGUGUCUCCAGGCGACAUUCUUCAUGCUUCCUCCUCUGCUCUCAAUUGCUGAGCUACAAACUCCGGUGCCCACAGCUGAUGCGUACUGGUCAUCGAGUCAAGAGCAGUGGCACCUUCUCCCGCCACCGCAGCCUUCAUUAACUAUUUGUGCUCUACUUGCACGCGUUGGUCUCGGCGAUGUCGUGCCGGCGAGUCUAGAGCAGCCGGCUAAGUCUACAAUACUGCUCUCGGCCAUCGUGCAGCAAGCUGCCGAGAGCGAUCUGCUUCGAGCUAUGGGGCUCGGCUCUGUCGGCAGUACUGCUAGUCAACCCGGUCUAGCUCUAGGAAUGGGGACGAUGCUCUCCCAGAAAGCCUUCGAUGCUUUGUCCCAGGCAGGAUGCUCUCAGAUGUUGCGCGAAACGGACGCCGGCACCAACUCGAAUGACUUUGCCUUGCUCUCCCGAGUCCUUUCCAUUUGCUCAGUCACACCGUUGCGGCUACUCAACCCCUACGGCAAAUGGCAGACGACAGAUGCAGGUCACAGCAAAGCCCGGUCUGAACUGCUGAACAUCAUACCGCAGAAUGUCAGCAGAGCAAGACACUGCUUGUACUACGCAGCGCAGGUUCUUCAACACUUUCGCACUAUGAGAGUGGCAACAGUACUCGACAUCCUUAGCGUCUUGAUCUGCGUGCUCUACAUGGUGGUGUACGCAGAUAUUUUUGAGCAACAAGAACCUAACUCCGCCGGAAGUGGGGCCAGCACCGGAACAUCCAAUACGGAGAUCAUCCGACUCGACCAAGUUGUUGACAUAGAUCUUUUAAACGGCUGGUUGGAGGUCAGAAAUCAUAAAAGACCUCACAUUGCUGGGGUCGGUCUCCUGCACAGCGGCCGCUGCGUGCCUCGCUUGUAUAAAGAAGCGUCGCGGAUUAUGGCAACCGGGUCCUCGGUCUCGAGGAUGGCUAAGGAGAUGUCGAUCAUUCUCGAGUCACAAGCUAAAGGUUAUCCUCCAGACCUUAUAGAUCGCCGACAAGACAUACAGAGAGCGGUGUGA